CAAAUAUGAAAAAUCUUUAUUUCAAGAUAUGUUAAUGGAUUUAUGGAAUAGCAAAACACCUGAUAAAAAUUUAGAUAGAAUUUUUCAAACUUCAUUACUAUAUCAUAUUAAUAAAUUUAAAUAUUCUAAUGGAGAUGUUGUUAUUCAUAACCAACCUAUUGAUUAUGAAAAGAAAAACAAAAAAGCCUAUGAUUAUUUAACAAACAGAGGAGUAAAUAAAUAUACCAAUACCAAUUAUAUUAAAGAAAUCCAAAGAUAUUUUUCAUAUUUAAUAGAAAAUAAAAAAAAGAAUAGGGAUGAUGAUGGGUAUGAAACUCAGAAUCCUAUAACAAAAUUAAAUGAAAUGUAUUUUCCAUAUCGAAUUUGUAAAAUUUUUCAUAGUAGAUAUAUUAACAAUUCUAUAAAAUAUCAAUUGAUGUCAAUAUCUUAUUUUUAUGGAAGUAGUGAAACAUCUUCUAAUGAUAUGAUUUGGAAAAAAGGUGGUACAAAGGUAUUAUUAACAGUAGCUCAUGACGGAGCAAUACAAAACAAAGAAAUUAUUUUAGACAUUCUUCAAAAUAUAAACAAAAAUUCUUAUUCUAAUUUAGAUUACAUAAACGAAACACAAAAUUAUUAUGAAUAUGUAUUACGUGUUUAUAGAAAAGGUUCGAUACACGAUCCUGUUGAACAAGAAAUAAAAUUAUUGAAAGAAGAGAAAUUGAAUGAGGAGCAAAAAAAGAUCGAUAUGUUGAUAACAGAAAUUUGUACAAUGCUAAGCAUAGAUUUGAAUAAUAAUUUACUAAGGAUAUAUAACGCUUUAAUACCAAAUAACGACACAAAUAAUUUAACAAAUCAAAAAGAAAUCAUCAAAUCAAUAUGUGAUGUACUUGAUAUAAAAUAUCUAGAAAAUAAUGAGUAUCAAAAUCUUAUAAUUUUUAUUUAUAAAAUGAGUUAUAUUUUUAAAAAUUUAGGUAUUCGUAUUACAGUACAUGAAUCACGUGAUGUUGGUACUGUUCAAGGUGUUGGUAAUCCUCGACAAGGAGUUUGUAAAGAUUAUCCAAAUGGCAAAACAAUCUGA